AAUAUAAAUAAUUGGGCGACAACAGGAUAUAUCACAACACAAAGAUCCUGUAAUUGAAGGUGUUCGCAGUUGCGGACAACAGGUGGAAAGUCAGGUCAUUCCGGACUGAUCUGUUGUGAAGAGGGCGUGUUCAGAUCCGCGCGCUCCUGAGUCUCUUCUUUACUGUUCGGGGCAUCAACGCACUUCUCUCUUCCGUCUCAGAACAAGCAGCAGGCAUGGCCUCAGGUGUAGCCAUCGAUGAUGAGGUGAUAGCGUGCUAUAAUUUAAUUAAGGUGCGCCGCCAGGGUGAAGAAGAGAGAGAGAGGUUUAAACUUGUGGUCAUGCGUUUGAAUGAAGGUCUAAAGAGCAUCAUAGUGGACCACGACAACUGCUUGAAAGUCAAAGAUGUGGCAAACACGGGUGACGUCUUCAAGACUGUCAUCAAUAAGCUUCCUACUAAAGAGUGCCGCUACGCCCUAUACGACUGCACCUAUGAGACCAAGGAGAGUGUGAAGGAGGACCUGGUCUUCAUCAUUAAUGCCCCUGAUGAAGCCUCCCUGAAGAGUAAAAUGGUCUGUGCAAGUUCAAAGGUUGAUCUUAGGAAGAAAUUGCCAGGUGUGAAAUUUGAGUGGCAAAUUAAUGACCCUGCAGACAGAGACGUAUCAAAUCUUGUGGAGAAACUUGGUGGAAAGGGUUUAGUAAAGUCUUUGGAGGGGAAAAGUGUGUAAAAUUAGACCAAUAAGACCACUGAGCCAACACCCCCAUUAUCAGUCUUUUGGUCAAAACAAAAGAUUUUUACCUCUGAGAAAUGUGUUUUAGCUAAUGAUUAGCUAAUAAACUUUGUAUUUCAUUGGAACCAGUAUUUGUAUGUCAUUUGACCAAGUGAGAAAAACCCAUAUUUAGUCAUUUACAUUAAUGAUCAUUCUUCAGCAAAUACCGACAUUGUUUACAAUGGCAAACCAUCAAAUAUAGUAUAGUGACAGCCAAAAUCCCAUGCCAGAAAUUACAAUUGGACUGUUAGCUAAAGCAACAAUGUGUACUUGAAAAAUAAAAUCAUGUGAUUUUCAAAAACUU